GACGUAUACAGUUCUAUAUCCGGUUGUGUACAUCCCUUUAGGAAGAACAUGAAGGUUGCAGAGAGGGCACAAGAGAGAUUUAGUGGGAUGGUAUAAACACAGAAAAAGUUCAACAGACCUGGAAGUACAUUUGGUGACAGAAAUAUUUUAAUUAUCCUUUCAUGGGAACUGGAAGAACUCCGUGAUGUAACAGCUUUCAAUAGAUUUAGCAGCUAGAAAACAUGAUUUCAACGUCUCACAAGCACAGGAAUUUUGUUUCCGAACCAAUGGGGAAUAAGUCAGUUUCUUCCCUGGCUGGUAUUGGAAAAACACUUGGAAGAAAACUGGAAGAGCAAGGCUUUGAUAAGGCAUACGUAUUACUAGGCCAGUUCCUUGUUUUGAAAAAGGAUGAUGAAUUGUUUAAAGAUUGGUUGAAAGACAUCUGUGGGGCCAACACCAAACAAGCUGGACAAUGUGCCACCUGUUUACAAGAAUGGUGCAAUGCCUUCCUGUAA